AUGCGAGAAAUUAUACAAAUCUAUGAUGGAAUGGAAACUCUAGAGUCACUUCCUCUGGAAGAAGGAAGUGACGAAGCUGCAUCAAAGAAAGAAGAGGAAUUAAUUGGAUAUAGUGCUAUUUUAAAUUUAAAUCAUGGAGCUCUCUAUUAUUCCAAACGCUGCAUGCUCGCUUAUCUAAAAGAACGAUUAGACCGAAUUCGCCAAAAGCGAUGGGCUAAAGGAAAUGUAUUAACGGAGCAAGAGCAAAGUUUAAUGAGUAAGGAGGAAGUCAACUACUUCCAACAGUAUGAUUCUCUACUGAGCAGCUAUAUGCAACACACAGAAGUCACUGCGACCUGCGAUUAUGGGGAAAUUGUCACGACUUCGGGAACAAUCAACAUAUCCUGUUCUAUUCUCUAUGCUUCGAGCUAG